GUGAAAACCUAAAUGGGCAAAAUUAGGAAUAUAACUUAACAAAUAACUUUAGCAAGCAUACAAAAUCGACACUUGGAAAUGGAACUGUUUUCGACUCCCAACCAACAUCAACUUCAACAAUUCUCUCUCUAACAUUGCUCUCUUCUCACUCAACCCUCAAGAAAAGUAAAGCAUCCACGUUUCUCAUCCUCACUCAUAUAUUUUAUUUAUUUUUCCUCUAUUUUUUGUUAGUUGGGUAGCUGGAUCUUCUUUUUGAGACUAAAGAUUUUUCUUUCUUCAAAGGAAUAAAAAGAGAAUCUUUACUUGUUCGUUUUGAGCUGCAAAUUGCUCCUGAGGUCUUAUUUUGAGGAAAAGUUACUUGUUUUCUUGAUGGGAUUUUAGGAAAGUGUUUCCUUUUUCUUCAUUAUCUGCUUUUUAAUAGAUGUUGUGAGGGAAUUGUAUAAUAUUGAGGUGUGAAAAAGAAUGUUUUGGUGGUUGGAUUGUUGUACCUCAUGCCCAGAAAGUGUUUGUGAAGAGAUCGCAGAGGAGCCCAACACGUUUUCUUUGCCUUCACCCCUUCCACAAUGGCCUAAAGGUGAAGAUUUUGCCACAGGGAAAAUAUCCCUAGGAGAAAUCGAAGUUGUCCAAAUUACAAAGUUCGACAAAUUAUGGAGUUGCAGCCCUUCGAUCGGAAAAGGCAAUACUGUGACUUUCUACAAACCAACAGAAAUCCCAGCUGGAUUUUUCGCCCUCGGCCAUUAUUGUCAGCCGAGCGAAAAAAAAUCGAGAGGCUACAUCCUCGUCGCCCGAGAUAUUUCCGAAAAUUCUAAUUCUAAACCUCUCGAGAAGCCUCUUAACUACACUUUGGUUUGGAUCGGUAAUUCAGACGAAUGCGGUUACAUUUGGCAGCCAAAUCCACCUGCCGGCUACAAGCCUAUGGGCUUUGUGGUCACAAUCGGGCCCGACGAGCCCGACCCAGAUGAAAUCAGAUGUGUUCGGGCUGAUCUCACGGAGAGCUGCCAAAUUAACGAGCUCAUAUUCGAUACAAAUUCAUUUUCUUUAAGUGGCCAAUUUUAUAUAUGGACUUUAAGGCCGUGCGAGAGGGGAAUGCUUUGCAGAGGUGUACCCGUGGGUACAUUCUUUUGCAGUCAAGACAAAUUUUACGAAAACGAUGAUGAUGUAAUAACAACUGUUGCCUGCCUGAAAAACCUCGACCCUUUAUUAUCCGGCAUGCCGAAUCUCGAACAAAUUCACGCGUUGAUCGAACAUUAUGGACCGAGACUAUACUUUCACCCGGACGAAACCUACCUCCCAUCGUCAGUUUCUUGGUUUUUCGAAAACGGGGCCCGUUUGUUCGAGCGAGGGAAAGAAGAGAAAGGUUUACCGAUCGACUCCAAAGGCUCGGUUUUACCUUACGGUGGGGUGAACGACGGCGAAUUCUGGCUCGACUUGCCGGAAAACGAUAAGGAAAGAGAUUACGUUAGCAAAGGGAACAUCAAAAGUGCCGAGCUUUAUAUCCACGCAAAGCCUGCUUCUGGCGGGACUUUCACCGACAUUGCUGUAUGGAUAUUCUGCCCCUUCAACGGGCCCGCCACUUUAAAAGCCGGGCUUUUUAACUACACUUUUAAAAAAAUCGGGCAGCACGUAGCCGAUUGGGAGCAUUUCACUCUGCGGGUGAGCAACUUUAGCGGCGAGCUGUCGAGCAUUUAUUUUUCCGAGCACAGCGGAGGCGGGUGGCGGGGCAUUUGCGAGCUGGAAUUUGUGGAGGGAAAUCGAGCGGCUGUUUACGCCUCGAAAAACGGGCACGCGUGUUUUCCUAAAGAGGGUUGUUAUAUCCAGGGCUCGUCUAGUCUUGGGAUUGGUGCGAGGAAUGAUUGCAAGAAGAGCGAUUAUUUUGUCGAGUCGAGCUCGAGGUCUAGGUACAAAAUCGUGGCAGCCGAGUAUCUUGGAAAGAAGAAGAAGAGUGGUGGUGGGCCCGUGGAGGAGCCCGAUUGGCUGCAGUACAUGAGAGAGUGGGGCCCGAAAGUUGUGUAUGACUCGCGAUCGGAGCUGGAGAAGAUUCUAAAGCACCUCCCUUUCUUCGUGAGGUUUUCAGUCGAGAAUUUGAUCGAGCUUUUCCCGACUGAGCUUUAUGGAGAAGAGGGGCCCACGGGACCCAAGGAGAAGGAUAAUUGGUUGGGUGACGAAAGGUGUUGAAGCUGUUUUUUUAUCGUUUAUGUUCGUUUAUACGGUUCGGGCACGAGACAGAAACGAGAAAGGGGUUUUAUUCGGGUACGUUCUGAGUUGUUGCUGAGUAAAAUCAGAUUCUUGCUGAUGAUAGCUUGCUUUAUGCAUUCAUCUCUGUAAAAUCAAGAAUCUAUAAGUUGAUUUAGGUCCUGAGGGGUGUGAAUAUAUAUGUGAUAAUGUGUAUGUUGCUAUCCAUAAUGUAAUGUUUCCAUAUUGGCUAUUGCAGAUUUUGAGAUAAGAAAAGAAGUUCAUUUAGGACCCCAUCAAGUUGUUCAUGUGCAGGCAAAACAAAAGAACAAUGGAAUGUAUGUACCAUUGGUAAACAACCAGAGGAAAAAGAAUCUGAAAGCACCAAAAGAGCCUUCACAACCCAGAUGAAUGAACUACUCAUGGUGUGUACCAUGAUUGAAUAUGGAUUUGAUAAUAAUAAUAAUAAAAAAAAUAAAAA